AUGUUGCGUGCCUUAUGGCUCGACCGACAACCCUCUCUCCGAAGAACACCAACACACUGCUACCAUUCGCUUACGCCGCCUCUUCCUCCUAGCCUGGACAACAGCCUACCUACUCGGGACUUCCACCCCUACCUCAUCGGCAUCGGACCAUACCCAUCGCCUGUCAAGGUCUUGAAUACCCUUCAUCGGUUAGGAGCACCACUACUCCCUGCCCUGGUCACCCGUCAUGGGGGCACAGCCCACGUCACCAAAGCCCCCGGCGCCCACACGGCCACACGACUCUUACGGACGAGAAGGGUAGGAGCCAAACUCAAGAUCGGACAACUACACCACCCCGGCGACUGCGAACCCUUUGAAGUACCAAUACGGCUAUCUCGGAACAAGGACGCGCUCCAGGCGCUGGUGGACACCGGAGCCACCGGAUAUGGGUUCAUUGACGCUUCCUUCGCCAAGGCCCGCGGAUAUCCCCUCGAAGAACUAGCGACCCCAAGACAUUUCCAAGUGAUCGAUGGACGAGCCAUCGCCUCCGGAGCCAUCACCCACUGUUGCAAACUCCACCUCGAGAUGAACGACCAUGUGGAAGGGGCCUCCUUGUUUGUCACCAAGCUCGGCGACACGAAAGUGGUCCUCGGACUCCCCUGGCUACAACACCACGCUGCCGAAAUACGGUUCGCCGACCGAUCCAUCUCCUUCCACGCCGAACGCUGCCAACAGCACACUGCAACUCUCUGGACCUCCACCCUCACCUGUCCCCCAUUGACCGCCUCCGCCGCCACCCUGCCGCCCCCGCCAAUACCCCCGAGACCACGCACCGCCAUCCCCUCGCGCCCGCCGCCAAUACCCCCAAGGCCAGCCACCCCUCGCCGCACGAUUACCCUCCCGAGCCCCAAGCCCAAACUCAUCGCCGUCCCGAUCAACCGAUGA